UUCCAUUGAUGCCUAAAUUUUUAAAGUACAGAAAAAAAUAAAUUCGAUCGAUUCUCCUCUUCAUUUCCAUUCUUCCCUUUCCCCUCUGCUAGAACCUUCCGCCUUUCUUGACCCAAUUAGGGUUUUGUCAGGGUUUAUCACAAUCAUCAAUUGGGAAUCCUCCAAUUCCCCAUAUCCAUUCACUCUCCCACCUACACACUGAGCUUGAGAUACGCUAACCUCUCCUUGUUUCGUAGCUCCAAAUGGUUCGCCCCGAUGGCCUCAGGCUCAUCCGUUUGUUGGCUCGUCGUUCUCUCACACCCCACCUCCGUCGCGAAUCAUCGAGCUCCGUAACCGACGCGAUUUUUCGAGGGACUUGUAGGCAAUUCAAAUCUGGGGUUUGUAAUACAUCUGUUGUUUUUGGAAAUUGCGCUUCGAGGAACGUUAAUAAAAAGAACUGGUUUCAGUUAGGAGUUCUUGGUGCCAACUGUGGAGAAGCAAGAUUAAUUCAUGGCACUGCACAUAUGUCUGCUAAAAAUUAUUAUGAUACACUUGGUGUGAACAAGAACGCAACUGCAUCAGAAAUAAAGAAAGCAUACUACGGGCUAGCAAAAAAGCUUCAUCCAGAUACGAAUAAGGAAGACCCUGAUGCGGAAAAAAAGUUUCAAGAAGUCAGUAAGGCCUAUGAGGUUCUAAAAGAUGAGGAUAAACGGCAACAAUAUGAUGAGGUUGGGCAUGAAGCAUUUACACAACAAGACCAUCAUGGUGGCUUCCCUGGUGGUGAAGGUUUUGACCCGUUUAGUGGAAUAUUUCGGGGAUUUGAUUUCUCUAAUAUGUUCCGCCAGAACUUCGGUGGAGAAGAUAUCAAGGUUGCUUUGGAGAUAUCCUUUAUGGAAGCUGUCCAGGGCUGCUCAAAAACUAUAGCAUUUAAUGCAGCUGUGCCAUGUGAUACUUGUGGUGGAAGUGGGGUUCCACCUGGAACCAGACCUGAAACCUGUAGACGCUGUAAGGGCUCAGGCAUGACAUUCAUGCAAACUGGCCCAUUUAGAAUGCAAUCUACAUGUUCACAAUGUGGUGGAAGUGGGAAAAUUGUGUCGAACUUCUGCAAAUCUUGUAAUGGAGAACGAGUUGUGAGAAGAUUGAAAUCUGUUAAUGUGGACAUAAUGGCAGGGGUAGAUGAUAAUGAAACAAUGAAGGUGUUUAGGAGUGGAGGUGCAGAUCCUGAUGGAAAUCAACCUGGUGAUCUAUAUGUUACUAUUAAGGUUCGUGAAGACCCAGUUUUCAAAAGAGAAGGUUCUGACAUUCAUGUGGAUGCUGUUUUAAGCAUCACUCAGGCUAUAUUGGGAGGCACUAUCCAGGUUCCGACUCUAACGGGAGAUGUUGUCCUAAAGGUCCGUCCUGGUACUCAACCUGGUCAAAAGGUUGUUCUGAAGAAGAAAGGGAUAAAAACAAGGAACUCUUACUCGUUCGGCGACCAAUAUGUGCACUUCAAUGUCAGCAUACCAACGACCCUUACCCCAAGGCAGCGUGAACUAAUUGAGGAAUUCGCCAAGGAAGAGCGAGGAGAAGAUGAUAAACGCAGCGCUGCUAGAGCAUCUGGGUAAGAAGAUACAACAUUAUUAGAGCUAAUUCUUUAAACCCUCGAAAAUCACAUUUUGUUGUAGCAAAUUCUCCAGUUUUAGAAAGGGAAGGAAAAUAGUAAUGGUUCUACCAAUACGAAAGUUUUGUAGGAGUAUUCUUGGUUGUAUUUAGGCAAGAGACGAAUGCCAUACGAUAGAGAUACUUUAGUUUCCGUUGUAUGGACUUAUGUUAUUUGUCUGCUUUAUUUAUCAUAAUGGGCAUGAAUUCAUUGUCCGCCACAUAUGAUA